AUGGAUAUCGUACCUUUCGUUGCCGCAACGGGCGAUAGUGACGGUCAGAGAACAGAGGCGGCGGCUAACCAGUAUUUCCUCCAACUUCUCCAAGAGAAUAACCAGGUGAAUAUUUUCUUGAACGAUCCCAGUAUCCAACAGGCAUUGGAGCUUAGAGCUGAGAGGCGACAUCAAUUCGUCCUCGACAACAUCUAUGCUGAGGCCAACAGCUACAUUGCCCACUUGGAAGCCACCGCCGAUGCAAACCACCGUCAACAGCUUGCUUUCGUGAGAGAGUCCACCAUGGUUCUGGCACAGCUGACACGCACACAACAGGAGUGUCGUGACGAGAGGUCAAUGGCAAUGCGGUUUGACACACAUCGCUCCGAGCUGGAAGCAGCAGCACACGCGCUCACGGCAGGACACAGACAGCAUGAGUACCAUCUCGCUGAGCUGCGCACAUCCUUCGGUGAAAAUCGUAAUGAACUCAUAGAAUACUUGGGUUUCGAGUUUGAAGAAAAGCUUCAGUGGGAGGAAAACGAAUGUCAGUUUCGACUUACCUCUGAGGAGCAGCAGUAUGACAGCUUGGUUGACGAUCUUCAGGAUCGCAACGCGGAGCUCAUAGCUGAGUUGUUCGCCGAGAUUGCCGCGGUCAAUGAUGCCGCACGGCGUAUCCUCACCUUCGACGGCGAAGUCCGCGUGAAUUCCACCAAUGCUGAAGGGAUUGCCGCUGAGCUGGCCCAAAUCAUUUAUGAUAGCCGCCGCAGUGCCGAAGGCCAGACUCGCGAGACUGAACGCUUGGCCGAGCAAAACCGUCAAGCUGCAGCUCGCAAUCGCCCCUCCCAGACGGGACGCGGUCGAGCGGCUGAGCCCGUGUAUCGCGGGUAUACUCAGGCCCAAUGGGACGAGUACUACCGCCAGCAGCGUCGCGGCCAGUACACGCAAGCCGAGUGGGAUGCAUGGAACCGCACCCAUGGGCGCUAA